AUGGACCACUUCUCUACCCUUCCCCCGGAGCUUCGCUGUAUGAUCGCUGAUCAGUGCGACAAUGAGUCUCUGGUGUCUCUUUCGUUGGUUUCUACCGCCUUCCGUCAUCCAUCUCAGCAUGCACUCUACCGUGUGAUACACAAGGAAGUUCAGAGGCCGGAGGAUAUGCGAACCAUAGGAGGACCUGACGAACCUAACAGAUACAAAACUUCAUGGAUUCAAUUACUGCUUCGUACGAUGUUUGAAUGCCCCGAUCUGUCUGGAUACGUCCAACAAAUUCAUUGGAAAGCUCACACGGAUUGGAUCCCGGUUCCUCACUUUGGCGAAUCUGGCAGGCGAGUCAUCACAAGCCGUAAAAGAAUCACGGACCCUAACUUUACCCAACUGGGUUUAAAGUUCAAGAAACGAAAGGAAGAGAAGCACUUCAUUGACCGGUCUGACAUAUGGGAGAAGACUUGGGAAGCCGCCCUUAUGGAAGGCAACACCGAUGCAAUGCUGCCCCUAGUGCUAGCUCACUUUGACUGCCUUAUAUCACUGGACCUCGCGCCCGACCUAUUCUAUUAUUCUCACUUCCUAGGCCCCAUAUUGGCAUGUAUGACCACACUAGCUCCCAACUAUAACCAUUUCCCUAGACUUCAACAUCUGGCGCUUUGCGAAAGAGGAUCUGUCCACGAUGCAGGAGAGUUGGGAAUCACCUGCAAAGGAGAUAUUACAAUUCCGCAUGCCCGGGAUAUUCGAACGCUAGAGUUGACUAUUCAUGACACCCAGAUGAGGGUAAUGCAAAACGAUCUUUUUAACAUAUACCCGUGCCUUACCAACCUUCGCCUUCGGUUCUGUGACCUAUCCAUAUCUUCAAUUGGGGAUAUUUUGGACCAUACACCAGCUUUAAAGGUGUUCCACUGUGGUUUACUGCGCAAAUAUCCAAGCACUGCUCCCACCUCCCAUCCCCAGUCGACCUCGCCCUCCAUGCUUGACUUUUCGACUCUCGCCACGGAUCUUGUCAAAGUCGCCGACACCCUAGAAGAGCUUACCGUAGACCUUGCUUGGACUAGCCUGGAAUUCUUUGCAUACGAAGGCGGCCCCAAAUGGUUCCCUGGUAUUCCGGUUCACUCUCUCACCCACUUGAACCGCCUUUCAUAUCUAGAGAUACCCGCAGAGAUAUUGAUGGGACUGCGUCCAUGGGGUUGUACAACGCUUAACGACAUCCUUCCGUCAAAACUUGAGUCACUAAUGCUGAUAGAGUCGUUGCACUAUCCCUUCGCCGAGUUCGAUAUGGAAACCCACGGUUUAGCGCACAUUCUCAGCCAGUUAAUCGCCUACUUCAAAGACCAACCGCGCAGCCUCUGGAACGUGACAUUGAAGUGCAAGGUUAAAGGGGAGUUCUUUAUUAGCUUUGCUACCUUUGGGGAAAAAAUACGCCAAUAUGUUGAUGGAUUGAAGCAGAUUAAGGAACUGGCUGAGCUUAUAGUCUCCCUUCCUGAUGUCGUUGUGGAUAUCUUCUUUACCUCCUCUCAAUCUCACAACGAGGUAGUCUUGUGGAGAGUCGACUUUGAGCGCGAAAGUGAAAGCGAGUAUGGGAAUUUGGUAUCAUGGGACUCUUCCUACGAGGCAUAG